AUGUCGAAGACAAGAGUAGCUCCACUUUCCCAGACUUCAAUACCAAGACUUGAACUGUUAUCUGCUUUAAUCCUUGCACGAUUAAUGGCUAAAGUUAUGUCAGCGCUUCAAUCGGUAAUCGAUAUUGACAUAAUAAAAUGCUGGACGGACUCAAUCACAGCAUUGUUUUGGAUUCAGGGGAAAGAAAAGGAAUGGAAGACGUUUGUGGAAAACCGAGUCAAUGAAAUUCGUAGUUUAGUGCCGGUAGAAUGUUGGUCUCACACUCCCGGAAGGGAUAACCCGGCAGACAUUCCUUCGCGGGGAGCAAAGGCAUCACAAUUACAGACUAGCGACACUUGGUUUCAUGGUCCUUCGUGGUUGGUUUGCGAUGAAGGUGAAUGGCCAGCUUCUAAACCCCUUUCCCAACCUUCGGACGAAUGCAAUCAAGAACUAAAGUUAAAUCGAGGAGGUCUAUCAACUACAAGCCUGGCGAAUACCCAAGUAAAUUUAACAUACCUGCUUGAUCCUAAACGUGUAUCCAGAUUCCACAAACUCUUGCGAAUUACGGCGUAUGUAUUGAGGUUUAUCAAUCACAUUCAAAGGAAACCAUAUAGCACUGGCUCACCUAGGACUGCAGAAAUUAAAGCUGCAGAAAUCAUAUGGACGAAUGAGGCACAGCGGGACAUGGACAUAAAGCAGUUAGAAAGGCAACUUGGACUGUUUAAAGAUGAAAAUCAAGUUAUUCGGUGUAAGGGACGUGUGGGUAAUGCAGAACUUCCAUACGUUACCAGAUUCCCUGCUUUAUUGCCUCGUCAUCAUUGGCUCACUACUCUAAUUGUACGAUAUUGUCAUGAACGUGUCCUUCAUAAUGGCUUGAAGGAAACACUAGCCGAAGUGCGUUCGAAGUUUUGGAUUACCAAGGGUCGACAGACGGUUAAGUCUGUACUCUUUAAGUGUUCUGUCUGUAAAAGACUUCAAGGGAGACAUUAUCCAAUUCCAGAAUCACCGGAUCUACCGCCAUUUCGUGUUUGCGAAGAAUAUGCCUUUAGUUGCGUAGGGGUGGACUUCGCAGGUCCACUCUAUGCAAGGUCUUGGAACAACGGCGAAAGAGAAAUGAUUAAGACUUACGUAGCGUUAUUCACUUGUGCCAGUAGCAGAGCUGUACAUUUGGAACUUGUUCCAAACCUCGAAGCAAAAACAUUCAUGUUGUGUCUCAGAAGAUUUGUCAGUCGUCGCGGGCUUCCUCGGCUUAUAGUCUCGGAUAACGCCAAAACGUUCAAGUCAGCCAAGAAAACGCUUCAAAGACUAUUCGACAUACCCGAGGUGAAGAACUUUCUGGUCAACAAAGGUAUUGAAUGGAGAUUCAAUCUUGCAAAAUCCCCCUGGUGGGGUGGAUUUUUUGAGCGUAUGGUCAAGGGAGUUAAAACGUGCUUAAAGAAAGUGCUCGGAAAAUCGCAGUUAUCGUUUGAUGAACUAUCUACCAUUCUCGCAGAAAUCGAGGCUGUUUUGAAUUCACGUCCCUUGACAUACUCGUACAGCGAUGACAUCGAAGAAGCGAUCACACCCGCACACCUUAUUAUCGGGCGUAGAUUGUUGAAUUUACCUGACGGUGUAGUUCGAGAAGAAAACUUUGACGGUGAAAGCGGUAAGGAAGCAGUUCAAAGACGUGCAACGUACGUCGCGAAGAAAAUUCAACAUUUUUGGCAACGGUGGAAGCGCGAGUACCUUGUUGACAUUCGUGAGUUUCAUCGUCCGAAAAAGGGUAAUACUAGCACGUCACCUGUUCAAGUCGGGGAUAUUGUUUCGAUUCGGGAUGAGUCGCAGUUGCAACGAGGAUUGUAG